UGUGGUGAGUGGUGACUGGUGAGUGUCGUUCUUUUCAUUUGUCUCCUGUCAUUGCAAUAACCUCUAAAAAAGUUGUACGAAGUUUGUUUUGUUUACUUUGGAAAAUGACUAUUAUUAAAGUUGCAAAUGAAACCGAAAUUAUCAAUAAGCUUGCGUCGUAUGUGGAAAAAAUUUCAAACGAUGCCAUCUAUAACAAUGGAAAAUUUGUCGUCGGCCUCUCCGGUGGUUCUGUAAUAAAAUACCUCAGCGAAGGUUUACCAAAGGUCACUACAGACUGGUCGAAAUGGGUGUUGACGUUCUGCGAUGAACGAGUGGUCCCGGAGGAUAGUGAUGAUUCGACAUUCGGAGUCUACAAGAGGAGCCUGUUGCCAAAGACUGAUUUGAAAGAAAGUCAAUUCAUUACGCUGAAGCAGGGACUCACAGCUGAAGAAGCAGCAAAAGAUUAUACAGAGAAACUAAAAGUGGCUUUUGAUGGUGAAAACUUCAUAUUUGAUCUGCUACUCCUGGGCAUGGGUCCAGAUGGCCAUACAUGCUCUCUGUUCCCUGGUCACUCACUACUCAGUGAAACACACUUGAAGGUGGCAGCUAUCACCGACUCGCCGAAGCCACCUCCAGAGAGAAUAACCCUUACAUUCCCUGUAAUAAAUAGCGCUAGAAACUGUAUCUUCGCUAUGAGUGGUGCGGGAAAAGCCGAUAUGGUCAAACGCAUUUUAAAAGACAAAGAAGACUUACCAGCUGGUCGAGUGAAGCCGGAAAAUGGUUCGUUGUAUUGGAUCGUCGACGAAGCGGCCGCAGCGCAUUUAUGAAUCGUCCAUUCCAUUUCUAAGUUCGUAUUUUUUUUUUUAUAUAAUAUAAGGAAUAAGAUUCCUGCAAUUGCAUUUAUAUUUUAUACAUAAUUAAACAUAGCUUGAUCAGAGUAACAGGUUCAAGGUACAUUUUCCUAAUGAAUAUUAUAAUGUAGAAUAGUCUUCGAAAAUACAAGGUGUUAGUGACACCGUAUCCAUAUUAACUUGAGAAUCGUGGUCUGAAUCAUCCCUGUUUUCGGUACGAUGUCAUCGCAAAAAUAUGGAGUUGAAAAUCAUUGAAAAAAACGUGAAUUUUGAAACGGAACAUAACUUACGUAAGUUCUAAGUGGAUGUUUGCAAAACAAAAGAUUCUAAGAUAUCUUUGCGGUUCGUUAAGAUGAUGACCACCGAAUGGUGUUCGAAAGCCUGCACAAAACCCAGAGUAGGGGACUACCAUUAUUUAAAAGAAAAUGUAAAUUAAUUUUGUUUUAAAAAUGUUGUAAAUUAUGAAGGUUUGGGAUUAAGAUUUUUUAUACAUUCCUGUUGAAUAAAAUUUAUUAGAAAA